AUGGCUAUGGCUUCUCUUUCUUGCAUGACUUCUGUCCUGAUAGUUUUUCUGUUGAUUACUCCCUCAUUUUCUAGGCUGAGUGGUAUUAGUGUCAAUUACUCUGAAAUAGGAGUUGAGGACAGCAGUCUGGUCAACAGAAUUUGUGGACAAGCCAAAAACCCUUCCAUGUGUUCACAGAUUCUACCACAUUCUCAAGUCCUGACACUAGUUGCCAAAGGUGGUGUGGACUCGGGGCAUGAGUAUGCAGAAAACGUAAUUAUAAAUGUAAGGGAUGCAGCCAAUGAUGCUACUGAUCCUCAACUCAAAAUUAAGUACUCCUCUUGUCUUGCAGACAUGAACACUGCAUCUGCCGCCAUUGCAAAUGCCCAGAAACAAGUGGGUUCUGGUGAUUUAUCUGGUUUGGCAAGUGCAGCAGCGACUGCGAAGGCUCAAGCAGACCAGUGUAUAAAUCUCUUCAAAGCACAACCAGCUGAUCCAUAUUUCAUCUUGCAGGAGAUUAACAACUUUGAGGAUAUAUAUGUGGAUAUAAUCAGGAUCAUCUCCACUAUGUCCAAGUGA